CUUUUCUGUGCAUUAUCUAGAUCGAACUUCCAAGGUCUCUACCUUACUUAUUUCGAUUAAUCGGACCUAGUAUAUUGUUUGACCUUUCCAAUUCUCGUUGAGCAUUACCCCAAGUAUGCUGCUACAUCAUCUUGGCGUUCCAAUAUGGUUCUAUAUCUUUCUAUCACUUCACUGGACUACAGCAAUACCAUUAUCUAACACUCUAAAUAAUACGACCCAUCUGGAACUAUGGCAGCCCACUCACCCUACAGCGGAGACUAUAUUUAUGUACUUGAAUAGCUCGCUGAGCACUACGACAUGGAGGGAUGCUACACCGAGUACAGUACAACACCAACUGGGGAUCCUAUCAAACUUCUCGUCCCCUUUGAAUACAUCCUCAUCGGCUCGGGCUCUAUCGUAUGCAUCUCAAGUCGACAUAUCCAGCAGUGUGGUUUCUACCACGGUCUAUUCGAAUGAUGAGUCGCCGCUGUCACUGCCUCUUACACCGACAGGCACCAUCCUUCCGGCCCAGUCGGUAACAGGAGUUCCACUACUAACGACAGGUUAUAUGCCGGACGACAUUUCACUGUCCUUCACUGCAACCCCUACAGAAACCUCGAAUAUCUCCUUUAUUCUUAGUCAAUUUGAGCAAUCUACAUCUUCACAUUCAAUUACAAACCCCCCGACUCCAGGACCAGAACCAACCUAUAUGGGCCAGAGCUCUUCAUCAAAAUCGCCACCACCGGACUCUGACGAUGAUCCAACAUGGACGGAAUCAUUGCGAGAGGACCUGAAAGCCACGCUGUCGCCCAUACGCCUCAGCUCCGUCAAGCCUUCCGCGAGCGCGACCGCGGCGCCAGUGCCGGAUGCCAACAUCUUCGUGCCGAUCCAGCGAGACGACAUUCUAUCUCAGAUCCCAAUCGGAAGACACCAUCCCGUGCCUCGGAAAGGGAUUGAGGACGACUAUGACAGGACGCUGCAUACCAACAAGUUCUAUGCGAAUGCUUUCCUCGGGAACCAGGACCAGCCGAUAUGGACGCAUCCGUACUUCAUCUGGUGGGGGAAGGGGACUUCAGGUGGUCAAUCUGAGACGUGGGGUAUGAAUAUAGGACAAGUUGAAGCGGAAGAGGUGGUUCUUGGGGAAGGCGAUCCUGCAAGGUUCUACAUCAAUCCUCGCAAGCAAGCACUCAUUCUCUCUGCGAAGGAGCUUGGACCGGACACCACACUCACAACGGAUACUCACCUCCCCUUCUCCGUCAACAUCAACCUAAAUUCUGGCGGCCGUUCGGAACCAGUAUUGACCUUUCCAACCGUUCAGGGUAUGAGUUUUGUCACGGGCGGUUAUCGAAACGCAACGCCAAUCAUCCAAUGUGGCGGCAGAGGAUUCCGGUCAAUCAGUCUUCCCAUCUUCGUCGGAAAAUCGACCAAGUAUCGAAUUGAAGAUAGUGAUGGCCGCCAUUGGGUCGCAUACGUCAAUCCGGCGCAAGGUAGCGUCUACGACGGGACGGCUUUCUACGCUCAGGAUGAGCACAAUCUUGUUGGGCCCAGCGGAUUCAAAGGAACCAUCCAGAUAGCCAAGAACCCACUCGGAGCGGAAGGGGAAGCCCUCUACGACACCGCAACUGGGUCUUUCGUAAUCGAAGCCAGGGUGACUGGUACCGUUGCUAAUACCAAGGCCAUAUACACUCUGGAAUACACCAAGGUUGGAAAGUCACCUUUGCUGAUGUUUGCUCUCCCACAUCACAUUGCAUCUCUGGAUUCUUCACUGAAGUCUAAGGUCACCAAGCUGCAGCUACGGACAACUACAAAGGGAGUUGCAACAGCCAUCUGGACCGAGCACCUCACGCUCACGGAAAGCAGCUUGCCCACCAACAUGGGAUUUGGGCCAUUCGCGACAUUGAGCGGAAACCGCCCUAAGCUUUCCCAAGCCACUCUCGACUUCAUGAACACGACCGCAAUGUCCGAUCUUCAAGCCGCAAUAGCAGAUCAAACCCCCAACGACUCACUAUACUUCGCCGGCAAAACGCUCGCCAAAUUCGCCAUGAUCCUCCUCGUCAUGAAAGAAGUCCUCAACAACAACGCCUACCUCGCGGGGCUCGAGAAACUCAAAUCCGAGAUGGCCCGCUACGUCGACAACCGCCAAAAGUACCCUCUCUUCUACGACGACUCGUGGAAGGGCCUCGUGUCGUCGGCGGGCUUCACGGACCCCGGCGCAGACUUCGGAAGCACCUACUACAACGACCACCACUUCCACUACGGCUACUUCGUCUACACGGCCGCCGUCAUUGCGCACCUGGACGCCCGCUGGCUCGAGGAGCGCGACAACAAGGCGUGGGUCAACUCGCUUGUCAAGGACUUCGCCGAGUCGGACUACAAUGGCCGCGACUACCCGUUCUCCAGGAGCUUCGACUGGUUCCAUGGGCACUCGUGGGCGAAGGGGCUGUUCGAGAGCGCGGACGGCAAGGACGAGGAGAGUAGCUCUGAGGACGGGUUCGCGAGCUACGCGAUCAAGAUGUGGGGGAAGGUCAUUGGAGAUGAGAACAUGGAGAAGAGAGGAAACCUCAUGCUAGCAAUCCAAGCCCGAACCUUCAACACCUACUUCUACCUCCUCCCCUCCACCUCCACCUCAACCACCAACACCACCACCAACACCACCACCGUCCCCUCCACCCCAUCAACCCACCCAUCGCCAUCCUCAUACUUCAACACCACCAGCAACACCUCGAACAGCAACGCCAACACGAACACCCCCCUCUCCUCAACAAUCCACCCCGCCCGCUUCACACCAAACACCGUAACAGGCAUCCUCUUCGAAAACAAAGUCGACCACGCCACCUACUUCGGCCUCGACCCGCACCUCAUCCACGGCAUCCACAUGCUGCCCCUCUCCCCGGCCUCCGUCUACCUGCGCCCGAGACCCUUCGUCCGACACGAGUGGGACGCCUUCUUCGACCGCGACCGCGCGAGACGCCACGUCCCGGGCGGGUGGAGGGGCGUGCUGAUGGCGAACCUGGCGCUCGUGGAUGCGAGGGCGAGUUGGAGCUUCUUCGCCGAGGGCGUGGAUGGUGCGUGGGAGGCCGGUUGGAUCGAUGGCGGGGCGAGUCGCGUGUGGUAUCUUGCGUUCGCUGCCGGGUUGGGCGGCGCGAGAUGAGAUUGACUGAAUAGCGUGAAGAGUGAGUGAGUGAGGGAGUGAAAAGUCUUGUUUUCUUUUCGAUCAAAGUUUCUCGUAUUGUUUGUUUGUUGGUUACGUUCUUUCUUUGCUUUCCAGCCACACCGUGUGGAGGGGUAGG